AUGAGCCGCGACUACUUUAUCCCACUUAAUCACGACACUACCUUUUCCACACCGCUGCAAGUCAUGUAUUGGAACGGCGUCUACUAUCCUAACUGGCGCAUCUAUCGCGACCAGCCGCCGGUUUCGCUAAACUACGACGUCAUUUCGCAUGUCUUCUAUGCGUUUGCCUGGGUGAAGGAAGAUGGAACAGUAUAUCUAAGCGAUGAAUGGGCGGAUGCCCAGAUUGAUGUUCCGGGUGUUGACGACAUUCCUGCAACCAAGGGCUGUUUGAACUCGUUUGCACUUAUUAAGAGAAAGUAUACACGGUUACGAGUAGUGCUCUCCGUUGGCGGCGGUGGCAAGGGUAGCGAGCCAUUUGCGGCUGUUGCCCGAGACCCGGCCUGCCGUGAGCGCUUCGCCCAGUCGUCUUUGGCUCUCGUGCAGCAGUUUGGUAUCGACGGAAUCGACAUCGACUGGGAGCACCCGGCCGAUGCCAGUCAGGGCCAGGACUUUAUCGCUCUGCUAGCUGCCAUCAGGCAGUAUCUGCCAGCUCCUCAGUACACUCUGUCGUCAGCACUUCCUGCGGGCGAAUGGGCUCUUCAGCACAUCCCCCUGGGGCAUGCAGCACAGUAUCUGGACAUGGUCAACCUCAUGGCGUAUGACUACUCUGGGCCAUGGGUAAGUAAAUGUGGUCACCAGGCACAGCUGUUCACGCCGCACAUCCCACACAGCCCUGAAGCAGCGAUAUCCUGUCACUCUGCCGCCUCGUACAUGAUAAGUCAGGGUGUGCCAAGGCACAAGAUUGUCAUGGGUGUACCAGCCUAUGGUCGAAGUUUCACCGGCACCCACGGCAUAGGCCACCCGUUCUCGGGUCAAGCAGGCGAAGAGGGUACAUUUGAGUACCGAGACCUGCCCCGCCCAGGGGCCGAGGAGCACGUGGACGAGCAGCUGGGGGCAGCAUACUGCGUUGGAGGCGACGGGGGUCUUGUCACGUACGACAACCCGCAUACGGUGAGGAUGAAGGCCAAUUACGUGCGGCAGAACGGACUGGGCGGACUGUUCUACUGGACUGGAACGGGAGAUGCAAGUUCGCUCACCCAAAAGGAUCGCAGUUUGGUAUAUAACGGCUUCCUUGGCCUGUUCCCGCAGUAG